UAUGCUAUUAGGAGGCAAAUAGAUUUACCUUUGGCAAAGGAAUUACGAGAAGGUGCGGGUGUAAAAAAAAAUACACUUGCAAAGCACCUUUUGGUAGGCCAUUGGGAUCAUCUUGGCAAACCAUUAGGAAUCACCUUUUGGCAGGCCAUUGGGGAUCACCUUUUGUUUAAGUGUAAACAAACCCAAAUACCUGACCCAGUUCAGCUAUCUAGUCCUAAUGUAUCCAAAUCUCAAUCAUCAGUACCUAGCCUCCUAUCUAUAGAGGAUUUGGCCAACUGCAGAUCGCAAAAGAAACCCCAAGUUUUUCAACUAGAAGAAGAUUCAAAGGAUCUAGAUAAAAAAGUGCCUUGGCUGGUUUCAUUUUCAAAUAAUGAAGAGCACCAAAAAGUAUGGCAAAAAGGAAUUCAGACAGCAAAAGAUUUAUUUAAAGUAGAUGGUGCCGAAUAUACAUUUUUAAUCUGGUUUGCAACAAUUGAGGAAGAUAAAAUAUAUGAAGCCGAAAUGACCGAAGAAUGUGCCAAGAAAAUUUUAAAUACAAUAGAUAAUGAUAAGUUUCUUAUAAGGAUAAAGUUUAUUCGACCAGAUUAUGAUAAUUUCAAAAUU